UGAACUUCCGCUUUGCCAGAAAUUUUCUGCGAGUGCAUUAACAAGGCUAAACAACGUUAUUAUAAUUUUAAUGCAUAACUUCAAUUACAUUAAAUCAUAACUGUGUAUUUAUAGAUUCAUAGUGGGUUAGGUCAGAUAUCAGUGAGGGUUGUGACUUGUGUCACUUCGAAAUACCACUGAUAGUACAGAAGGUUUAGUUUGCUGUAAAAGGUUAUCGUUUCGGCAAUAAAAAAAAGAAAGAGUGAAAUUUUUCAUUUCCUUUGCUGCGCGAGCCUCUUUUGUUUACAUGAGUUUAGCUUUGGGAAUAGGACAAUGUUGUGAAGGUUUUGUAGCAAGUCCCCUGAGCGAUUCUUCGUUCCCAAAACUGAGCACGCAAUGCCGUAAGAUGAGCUAACCGAUGUUGAUGUGAUCUUCGGCGUGUUUGUAAUAAUUAACGCAAGAUCGACUGCGCCAUCAAGUUUCUGAAAAUUGUCGAGAACAUUCAUCAGCUACGAUGGAAGAACAAGAAAGUCACAAUACGAAAAGAAACAUGUCUGAUAGCCUGGAGGCCGUGCUUGUCAAUGUUGAAAAUACCGAUCCAAGCAAUUUCAUUCACAUUGACAAAAAUGAGUUUAAAAUAGGUAGAGGACGAUCGAACGACGAGAUACUGGCUAACAUUUCAAUAUCAAGGCAGCAUUGCAUUAUCAAACGCUCAGAUGUAGGAGAAUGGACGAUACAGGACUUCAGUACGACUGGUACCUUUGUCAACGGGAAUCAGUUAGCACCGGGUGAAAUACGGACGAUUAAAAUAAAUGAUUCUAUACGGUUCGGUCCGAUGUCUGAAUUUUUGUACAAGUUGAAAGUACACUCUAAGAGUGAACCCCUUGCCAAGAAAGCCAAGAUGUGCGUACCAGAGAUGGAUUUACGAGAUAUCGUUAUGAAGCAAAAGACUUUUGAAGAAUCACAGCAAAUGGAAAGGGAUAAUCUUGCGGAACAAAUGAAAGCCAAACACAAUGAGCAACUGGAGUUGAAAAAUGAACUGGAAAAGUUGUUGAAUGAAAGAGAAGCCGCCAAUGGAGUGAAGGAUCAUUUAAACAAACAGAUCAACACGCUGGAAAAAAAUAUAGAGGAAGUUAAAAUGGCUGAAAUGAAUCUUGAAAAAUUAAACCGAGAGUUGUCGGAACGAUUAGACAAGGAAAGACAAGAGUUUGAGACAAAAUUGAAUGAGGAGAAAAAGAAACUGGAAGAAGCCUUGGAGAUUAGUAGGAAAGAGAAAGAGAUGUUGGUGAAUAACAUGAAAGAACAGUUAGAGAAAUUGAAAAACGAACAACAGAUUGAGUGCAAAAAGCUAACCGAAUCACUCAGCGAAGAAAAGAAAACUGCCGAAAAAUUACAGAGUGAAAAGGUUGAAAUCGAACAGAGACUUAAGGAGAUGGAAGAUGCAUUACUCAAAAUAGAAUCAAAGGCCAAUGAUCUUCAAACUACUCUCGAAAAACAAAAUGCAGAAUCAGCUGCAAAAGUCGUCGCCCUUGGUACUGUGGCAGAAAACGUUGAGAUUAUCGACGAGUCACAUCUAACGAUUCUAGAUACGAUAGACUUGACCAAUGAAACACCUACGAAAAAAGCUGUUGCACCAAGCAGCACGGUGUCAGCUAAUGAAGACGUCUUCAAUAAAGUUGGCGAUAUCAUGGAUGAACAGUUGACAUGUAGUAUUUGUUCAGAACUAUUCGUAACAGCAAUGACACUGAAUUGUACUCAUACAUUUUGUCAGUACUGCAUAAAUACUUGGAUGAAGAAAAAGAAAGAAUGCCCGGUGUGCAGAACGGCAAUAACUGCCAUGAAUCGAUCUUUGGUUGUAGACAAUUUCAUUGAUAAAAUGGUGGAAAACUUGUCAGUGGAUUAUAAGAAACGAAGGACUGAGAUCGUUGAAGAACGGAGAGAACAUGAAAGGGCAGCAAACCAACCUGCGAAUCAAACAGGUGGAAAGAAAGGUCGAGGACGAGGUAGGGGAGGAAACGCAAAUACAAAUACUAAUCGUGCUGGAAAUACUUCUACGGCAGCGACUAGUCGGACAGCCGGUAACAAUCACAUCCCAAGCAGGACAAGCGGUAGCGAUCCGGAUUGGAACAAUGCCUCAGGGUCAAGGGGUCAACAUCGCCAACAACACGCAAGUAGUGGUGGUACCACGAAUCGUGAACAGACACCCGCAUCCACCCAGGGUUCAGGUAAUACAACCCAACAGACCAACGAUGAUGACGACGGUUCAACGUGGAGCACGUCAACAGACGCCGACGGUGAGGAUACCAACUCCCUCUCAUCCAGCUACUCCUCUAGUCAGACCUCUGAGGAUCAGGAGAGCCACUCCAGAAACAUGGACAACAUCUCAAUCGACUCAGAUGGCCACAGCACCGACAAUAGCUGGGAGGGAAUAGACUAUGGAGAUGAGGAUUAUUGGAACGAGCCACCGAACGAGUACGUAGAAGGUUUACCUGGUGCCCCUUAUGGUGGAUAUGGUACUUGCUAUUGUUGCGGAAGUAGGGGGCAUUGGGCUCCAGGAUGUCCAUUCAGAUGAUUUUGUGGGAUUCACGGGCGAAUGAACAUAUUCUAGAAAAGAUUUUGAGGCGUAUGCAAUAUUUAUUAUUUUCAAUCGAUUCGUUUGAGGAAAAUUGUGUUGCUUCGUUCAGUGACCUGUUGACCAGGUUUAUUUGCGUCACUCACAAAUAGUAUUAUCAUCAAAUUUUGAUGAUAAUACUAGUUGAGCACUUACUGUUUCGAAAAUUGUCUGCAGUUAUUGGAAUUUCAUUAAUCUCUGUCAUCCUGCGAUAUUCCAUUUUUGAUGUAUCAGCUGUAACCGAAAGUAAUUGGAAACUUUCGAAAAACUAUAUUAAUAAUUUGAAUGAUAUGUAUUUUUUAAGUUCAGACAUCCACGGAUAUUGAUUAACAUCAUCGAAAUCAUUUUGCUACAGCAGGUUCGUUAGUAGUUUUGUUAUUAUUUACGUAUAGGGUUGAUAACAAACUUAGAAGGUGA